UUGUCACCAUAGAGGGCGGGGCCAAACCAGCGUUCAUAUAGAGUUGAUGACGCUUCCUGAGUAUUUGUGAACUGAAGUGGCUCUCAACAAACGUAAGUUACACGUGACUGGAGACCCUUAGACGACAUCAAAAUGAUUAUCGUCAUUGAAGACAAGGCUGGCUUUGACAAUGCCCUGAAACAAGCGGGCAAUAAGCUGGUGGUGGUAGACUUCACAGCCACAUGGUGCGGGCCCUGUCAGAUGAUCGCCCCGAUUUUUAAAAGAAUGUCUGAAGAUUACAAAAAUGUGGUGUUCCUAAAGGUGGAUGUGGAUGAUGCACAGGAUGUGUCUACUUUCUGUGAUGUCAAAUGUAUGCCAACAUUCCAGUUUUAUAAGAAUGGACAAAAGAUUGAUGAAUUUUCUGGGGCAAACAAGGAUACAUUGGAGGAGAAGAUCAAAAACCAUCAAUAAAGACACAUCACUCAAACUACUGCAACAGAUAAACACACAGUAUAGGUUUACCAAUGGUUUCAGAAGGUUUUACUUUACACCUAAUACUUUAUCCUCAAAUCUAUUCCUCUCUUUACAGCUACAUUUUGAAUCCUCUUAUGUUAUAGUUUAUAAACCAAUAACUUCAUCCUCAAAUCCAUUCCUCUUUUUACAGAUACAUUUUUAAUUCUCGUAUGUUAAAGCGAGAGACAAUACAUUCCUCCAAAACUUUGAUAAAUAUUUUGGCUUGCAAAGACUUCACUGCUUGUGUUGCUAAUCUUGUGCUGAGUGUAAUAAAAUGAAUGAUGUCUUGGUCAAAA